UAAAUCAAGCUGGAUCGAAUAAUAGAAAUGGUGUUUUUUGAAAAGAAAAAUAAAAGUGAAAAUUGUCGUCUUCUUGCAAGUAUUGACAAAUUAAAUAAUAGUGAAAAAAAUCAUGUGGAAAAUGCUGCCUUCAUGCAUGUAAGGGAAAAUCUCGAGGAACUUGGACGAGUGGCAGACGAUACUGAUCUUGUUUUUCUCAAAGGAUUAUUGGAAAGUCCUAUUGUGAAUUCCCUUGUUAAGCUCCAAGAAAGACUAGAAGAGCCACCGAAAUUGGUAGAUCCAAUUUAUUUUGAGGUUUGUGACCUUACGAAUGAAAUAACACACACAUUUGAGAAGUCAAAAGAUACGAACGCCCGACAGCUUUCAAAAUUACUGAAGGGUUCACACUUGAAAGCACUUUUGGAAACGCAUGACGCAGUAAUUAAAGGUCGUAAAACUCCAGCAAAAACUUGUACAUUUUUAUCAACAAUGCCGACUGAUGAAAGAACACAAACGGUGCGAGUUGUUGGACUCAGGCGGCAAGCAAAUGAACCUCUGGGUUUAACUGUUCAAAUUGAUGAGUCUGGUAAUCUCAUCAUUGCAAGGAUACUUGGAGGCAGCUCUGUGUCUCGUCAAGGUCUUCUGAAAUCUGGUGAAGUGAUUAUGGAAGUCAAUGGAAAGUCAGUUCGUUCUCCAGAUCAACUUCAACAAGAAAUUCAAGCAGCUAAAGAAAAUCUUACAUUAAAAGUUGCAUCUGGUAUUUCCAAUGAUAGUAAUAAGCCUAUAAAAUCAACAUGUUAUAUGAGAGCACUCUUCGACUACAAUCCGACAGAUGAUACACUUUUGCCUUGUCGAGAAAUCGGCCUUUCUUUCCAAAAAGGUGACAUUCUUCAGAUUGUCGACCAAGCAGAUCCAAAUUGGUGGCAAGCUCGAAAAGUCGAAGGUGAAGGUUUAAGUUCACCAGGAUUAAUUCCUUCGUUAGAACUUGAAGAACGGAGAAAAGCUUUCGUACCACCUGAAGCCGAUUUUGUUCACAAAAUUGGAAUAUGCGGAACUCGGGUUUCACGCAAAAAAAAAAGAAAAAUGUAUGAAUCGAAGGCGAAUGGAGAAUUCGAUAGUGCGGAACUUUUGUUAUAUGAAGAAGUUGCAAGAAUGCCACCAUUUAGACGUAAGACUUUAGCUUUGGUGGGGCCAAGAGGUGUAGGACGACGGACGCUAAAAAAUCGACUUAUUAAUAGUGAUCCCGAAAAGUUUGGAACCAUUGUUCCUUAUACAUCAAGACCACCGAGAGUACUCGAAGAAAAUGGUAAAAGCUAUUGGUUCACUGAUCGAGAAACAAUGGAAGAUGAUAUAAAACAACAUCGAUAUUUGGAAUUUGGUGAACACGGUGGUCAUCUGUACGGAACAAAAUUAGAUUCUAUCAGGGAGUUGAUUCGUGCUGGAAAAAUGUGUGUCUUAGAUUGUAGUCCAGGUGCUCUCAAGACUUUACAUAACAGUACCGAGUUCAUGCCUUAUGUCAUUUUUAUCGCUGCGCCUGGAAUGGAGCAGCUAAAGGUUCUUUAUGAUGUUGGAAGAUCUACAGGUGCCAGCAGUCGCAAUCUAACGUUUGAUCGCCAAAGCUCCAUAAGAUACAGUUCAAGACGUGCUAGGACCUUAGAAUCGCUUGCAUCAUUAUAUGAGGAAGAUGAUUUACGAUCAACUUUAGAAGAGUCCGCAGCCUUACAACGAGCUUAUGAAAAAUACAUCGACAUGGUAAUAGUAAAUGAAGAUUUUGACAAUACAUUCAGACAAGUGGUAGCAGCAUUAGAUGCUCUUGCUACUGAACAUCAAUGGGUACCUGUUAAUUGGAUUUAUUAAACUAAAAAAUUAUUUUUUCUGACAUAUUACUCAUCAAUCAUGAAUGAGUCUCGAGAAUAUUCUGAAUUGAUUAAUUUGAUCAUUAAAUUCUAUCAAAGUUGUUUUAUUUUAAUCCACAAAAAUUUACUUAAAAAUCAAAUAAUUUUAACAAACUGAUUUCUUUAUCAUUUAUUAGAAACGACAGAAAUUAAGUUAAUGAUAUAAAAUAAUUAUUAAUCAUUAAAUAUAAAUAAAACGUAUUCUUAAGAGCCGUCCAUUUGAAUUUAAGGAUUAACAUUAAUAAAACAUUGUUCUUGUUUUCCGUAAGAAAUUAAUUUACGAUGCAAUAAGUAUUUAGAUUGUUUUAUAUUUGCUUAGAUUACUUUUUUGUAGAUUUAUUAUGUAUCAACUAAGCUUAUUGACUACCUUAUUAUGUAUCGAAUUAACAAUAUUAUUGUACCAAUAAUAAGAAAAACGGUAACUCUAGCAGCAGAUGGAAAAGAUAUAAAAGUAAUUAUUAUAAAUUAAAUACUAAGUUAGCUGUUAAAUCUAUUGCGUGUGCUACGAGGUGAUAUAUUGUUGUAAAAACUUGGAAAAUUGUGAUGAUAAAUGUGUUUUGUAUCUUAGUCACUUGACAAGUGACUUUAAUGUACAAAGUUAUUAUAAAAUAUACAUUUAUAUUAUUGAAUGAAA